UAGCAUCAGUAGGCCAUUGUUGCUAACAACUAUUGUGUAGCAGUAAAGAAUACUGGUAAAUGUACGCUGAUUUUAACAACUUAACUUAUUAACGCAACAAUUAUCACUCCAUAGGACAACAUAGCCAUUCUACGUUUUCCAGUUACAGUAAUACAUUGUGUCGAAGAUAUUCAUAGAAAACGACCGACCUUCAAUUUUUUAAAAAAUGGCUGAAAUGAGUUGAACACUUAUAUUGAAUUUUCUGGCAUUGGGUAUAAAGUAAUUUGCUAUUAAAUUCAACAUGAGUGCCUCAGAAGCCGAAUAUGAGUCAUCGGAGACUGAUUCUCCAGUCAUUAGAACGAGACCAAUUCCCCAGCAACAAAAAGUUAGCGGAUCUGACGAUGAGGGCUCUGAAAAUGAAGACCAAGAAGAGUUUGAAGAAGAAGAAGUCGACGAACAACAAAAAGAAAACCCUCAAUCAGAGAACAGAGUCGCAAAAUCUACUGUUAUGCCACCAGCGAGCGGCCCUGGUGCAGCAGUAACAGUACCCCAGCAUCCUAAAUAUGAUAAAAUGGUAGAAGAAGCCGUCAAGGAACUGGUAGAGAACAAGCGAAGCGGAACGUCCAUUCAGAAGAUUUUAAAAUUCAUCACAAAUAAAUAUUUGAUUGCCGAGCCGAAAGCUAAAUUUUUUUGUAAAAAAUCCUUAGAAAAGGGACUCAAGAAUGAAAUGUACAUAAAAACCAGCGGAGUUGGCUUCAGUGGAUCAGUUAAUUUCACGACCUCUUAUAGGAAAAAACUAAAAGCUGAGCAAACCAAGUUACUAAAACCUAAGAAAACCAAAGAAUCAAAAGUGAAACCCAAAGCCAAGCCGGCCGAGGCAAAAACUAAAAAAGAUACGAUCGCUAAAAAACGAGGACCUACCAGUAAGGCCGAGCCUAAAGUGAAACAAGCAGCUGUAUCCAAGAAAGACAAAAAUAACAAUCCUGCACCCAAGACGGGUUCCAAAAAUGCAAAAAUAGCAAAUACCAAGACCAAAAUUUCCAAAACGGGAAAAGUGAGACUCUCUAUUAACGCAAAAAUUGCCCCACAACCUAAAGCCAAACCGAAAGUCACAGCCAAAGUUAAACCAUCUGUUACACCGACGGAAAAGAAGCCGGCCAAGACUAAACCCAGUGCUGGGCCUUCUAAGGCAAAGACAACAUCGUCUGAAGCAAAAGUUCAAGCUAAAAAGCCGAAAGUAAAAUCUUAAAGAUAUUGAGUAAUGUUUAAGUUUUGUAUGCAGAUGCGUAGGCUCUGUUAUUCUGACAGUGUUGUUUGCUUUUAACUUGUUUUGUUUUAUUUGUACUAAAUACUUUGUUCAAACGCCCCUAUUAUGUCUAACUUAUGUAAUAACAUGAUAAUGUGGUAUGUCGCAGACCAUAGAAUACUAAUGAAAUAAACCAGUUAAAUGUUAUGGUAUUA